AUGAACGAAAAAAUUGUCAAAUUAUACGAAUGCGAAAAUAUGCUAAAUAGCAAUCGACAAACGAAUUUCAAUACUAUUCGAUGUUCUCCGAUACCAACAGCACCAAUAAUUGAAAAUUACGAUAAUUCAUCUUCUUCCAUCGCAAUGGAACAUAAUCCGCCACCAUACAGUCCGCCACUUCUACAACAUUCAGAAUAUACGAAACCAUUUUUGACAAGAAUUUCAAGAAAUGAGAACGGAAAAUCACGACAAUUACGACGAUAUGAUACAAAUAUGAUGUUUAAAAUUGCAUUAUUUGAAGGAAUAAUUGCAAUUUUUAUGCUAACUGGUGGUAUUUGGUGCUUAUACGAUUCAUUUGCAUAUUGUCCAUACUAUUCCGCCAUUUGGACAUCAAGCGUAUUUGUCGUAAAUGCUUUGGUUGGUAUUGCAGCUGCAAAACGUUGUAUCGUAAAUCUAUUUGUUGCAUAUUUGGUGCUCUCAUUAAUUGCCUUAAUGCUAGGUGCUAUCAGUGCUACAAUCUCCGCUAGGAAUUGGUUUUUGAUCGGUACUUAUCAACAUCCAAAAAUUGAUCGUAAUCAAGCAUUUUGUAUGAUCGGUGAAUAUGAUGCUACUCGAAUGCGAUAUAUUCUGGCACAGAUGAAUCGUUAUGAUUUUAGACAAUGUUUAUUUCAACUUAAAUUAGGUAUUAGCAUCAACAGUAUACAAUUUAUCAUUGCUAUCAUUGAAGCGAUACAAAUAAAUUCAUAUCAUUUAGUAUUAGCUAAUUAG